AUGGCAGCCGCCGGGCUGAGAGGGGACGCCUUCGUCAACGGCGCGCUGCUCAGCGGCGCGGAGCGCGGCUCCGCGUGGCCGGCGGCCGUGGCGCUGCUGGAGCCCUGGGCCUCGGAGGUGCCGCGGAACACGGUUCUCAGUGCCUGCGAGAAGGGUGGCCGCUGGUAUCUGGCGCUGUCCUUGCUGGAGGCCGGCUGGGGGGGCGCGCCCAGCCUCAUUGGCAGCAGCGCUGCCAUGGCCGCCUGCGCUAAGGAUGUGAGGCAGUGGUCAAGGUCCCUGGUUAUCUUGGAGCAGUUGCCAAACCGGCGGCUGUGGCCGGACACCGUGGCCCUCAACAGCGCGCUCCGGGCCUGCGCCGUGGCGGGCCAGCUGGCACUGGCCCGGCAGCUCCUCCGCUCCUUCUCGGCAUCGCUUCAGCCCGAUGCCGUGAGCUUCCACACGCUGAUCUCCGCUGCAGGCCCGAACCUGGAGUGGCGCUGCGGGCUGGCCAUCCUGGCCCAGCAGCGCGCCGCGGGCCUCGAUCUGCCGCCUUCGCGCUUCGCCGCCGGAAACGCCUCGCCGGUGGCGGUGAACACGGCGCUGGCGGCGCUGGGGGAGGCGUGGGCCUGGAGCCUCCACCUGCUGGAGGAGCUGCCCACAGCUGAUGUGGUGACCUUCGGUGCAGUCAUGACCAGCCUGGCGCGGGCCGCCCAGAGGCAGCGGGCGCUGCAGCUGUUGGACGUUUUGGAGGAGCGGAAGCUGCCCACCAACGAGGUCAUUUACAGCGCCGCCGCUGCCGCCUGCGAGGGCGACUGGCAGGAGAGUUUGCAGCUGCUGUGCCGGGGCCGCCAGCUGCGGCUGGCGCUGGACGCGGUGGCCUAUGGCGCUUGCUGCAACUGCUGCGAGAAGAGCAGCUGCUGGGAGCAGGCGCUAGGGGUGGUUGGGGCCGCCGCAUGUGUCGCCCACGGCAGCGGGCCGCUGUGCAACGCGGGGAUCUCCUCUUGCGCCAAAAGCGGGGAGUGGACCCAGGCCGUGAAGGCGCUGCGCGCCAUGGUGCGGCGCCACCUCCGAGCAGAGGGCACCAGUUGGAACGCCUGCGUCAGCGCCUGCACCCGGCGCUGGCCGCUGCAGCUGCGGCUGCUGGAGCUGCAAGCGGCAGAAGGCCUUGCUGUGGACCUCUUUGGCCUCAACGCCGCCAUCAGCGGCGGUGCUGACACGGAGAGUAACCAGGAAAGAGGCCAGCUGGGCCGCUGGCGCCGGGCGGGGCAGCUGCUGGGACAGGCCGGCGCCGGGGGCUUGGAGCCGGAUCUGGUGAGUUGCAAUGCCUUGGCUUUGGCAUUGGCGCAACACGCCCAGUGGCAGAGGAGCACCGCGCUUCUGAGCCGCGGCUUGGCCGCGCGCCUGGCCAUCGACGCUUUGGGCCGCCAGGCGGCGGUCAGCGCUGCUGCGGGCGCCUGGCAGUGGCGCCGCGCGCUGCUGGCGACGGAAUCAGAUGAGGCGCAGGUGGGGGAGGCCCUGCAAGACGCGCUGGGCGCCUGCGCAGCGCGCCUGGCGCCAACCGCGGCGCCGCGGCUGGUGGGGUCGCUGCGGCGCUUGGCUCUGUCGCUUCGGAGCACCGCGCCCCGCGCCGUGCGCAGCCGCAGGCAUGCGGCGAAGGCAGAGGAGGCCGGGGCCAGCCGGGUGGCCGCGGUCAUUGGCGCAGGGCCCGCAGGCCUGGCGGCGGCUCUGAUGCUCGCGAAGCGCCAGUGGCGCGUGCGGCUCUACGAGCGCUCGGCGAACCCGGCGGCCUAUGACCCAGGCAAGGGCUUCAUGUACCUCAUCGACGGCCGGGGCCAGCACUGCCUGAAGUCUCUCAACGUGGAUCUCUUCGAGCGCCUCGUGGACGAAUCCGUGGCCAUGGCCGACGCCAAGAUCGGAGUGCUCACCCCCGAGGGCCUCACUGAGCGGGUGAACCCCAUCAAGGACGCGGCGCGCAAGUCUUACUGGAUUCCCAGACACGCCUUCGUGGGCAUCCUCCUGGACGAGGUGCGGCGCUGCGAGGAUAUCAGUUUGCACCUGGAGUCCGGCAGCUUGAGCCUCUCCCACGACGCCGGCUUUAGGAUUGGCGACGAGGAGGGCGACGUUUCGCUGCUGGUGGGGGCGGAUGGGUACCGCUCCACCGUGCGCGAGCGGAUGGAGGAGUGGGACGGAGGGAAGGGCAACUUCGAGGUGAAGGAGUUCAGCUCGCCCUCAGCGGGGCUCCGCUACAAGGUGCUGACGCUGCCCGGGAGCUUUGAGCUGGACACCCCUGCGGGGCCCGAGACUUUCUCGAGCGAGGGCUUUUACGCGAUCCGCGGGGCCUCGAAGAAGAGGAGGAAGCAGAAGCUGGGGCUGAUCCCCGUGUCCCAGCAGUUUGGCACCAGAACCGCGAACCUCAUCACCUACGAGGACGACGAGGUUUGGGAGGCUGAGACGUUGGAGCAGUUCAAGGCCUAUGCCCAGGACCAGUGGCCCCACUUCCCCCUGGAGGACUUGGUGUCGGAGGAGGAGUUCAAGCGCUUCGCGGAGAACCGCGGUGGGCGCUUCCCCAGUCCGCAGCACUGCGCCUCGGCGGUAUGGCGCUCAAAUGGUGCCGUUGCGGUGCUGCUGGGAGACGCCCUGCACUCGCUACCCCCCGACAUCGGGCAAGGUGUGAACAGCGCCCUGGAGGACGUCUCUGUUUGUGCCGCCUGCCUGGAUGCCCAAGACGACGCCUCCGCGGCGGCCCUGGACUUUGAGAAGCGCAGGAUGCCUGACGUGAAGGCCCUUAUCCGAAUUGUCCGUGUGGCUGCUCCUUUUCAGUAUAGCCAAGCGCCUUGGCGCGGCCGGCUGUGGAAUGUCUCCUUCUUGUCGCGGCUGUUGCUCAACAAGCUCCUGCCCAAAGUGUUCGACUUGCCUCUCUUCUUGCAGAUCCAGCAGUCCGAGCUGAGCUACUCCGAGGUCUGGCGGCGAGGGAGCAGGGGCGCCCGCAGGGCCAGCGCGCUGGGCUUGCUGUUGGCAGGUGUCCUGCUGCGCGCGUUGAUUCACUGA